AUGCCAUCAAGUAAUUACAUUGCUACCGGUAGUACGCCGAAUUCUGCUAUUGCUGCUCAAUUUAACCAAUUUCAACAAACACCACAACAUUUUACACCGAUACAAACAACUAGUUACGCCUUAGCGCCUAGUUAUCCAUUGUCCCUACCACCAUCGAAUCCUACAUCAUUAAUAACCUAUCGAAAACAAUACCUUCAACAACAGCCACCAUCCACAUCUCAUUAUAUCUCGUCUAUUUCUCCAACACCAUCGCCCACUCUUAAUCAUACAAUAUCUUCCAAUUAUAUCUCAUCAUCUUCUUCACCAUCAUCAUCAACGGAGAUGAGAGAUCACGAUGCUGUAAAACUAUUUGUUGGACAAAUACCAAGACAUUUAGAAGAAAUUGAUUUAAGGCCCGUAUUUGAAGAAUUUGGUCAAAUUUAUGAACUAACUGUACUCAAAGAUCGCUUUACAGGAAUGCAUAGAGGUUCGUAUUUCUUUUCAAUAUAA